AUGCCCCUCAUCCGCAAACGCCGCGCCGACCCCCCACCCUCAAACUCCGAAGCAGACUCAUCCGGCUCAGAAGAAGACCAAAGCCAAGGCCCAACUCCCCAACGCCGCCGCACCUCCAACCAAAACCAACACCAAACCCAAGCCUCCGCCUCCGACACCGACGACGAUGCAACCCACCACCCGAGCAGCACCGACGUGAUGGUCAAGAAGAUGGUGCGACUCGCCCUGGCCAGCGAGUAUGCGCGGCAGCCGAUCCGCCGGACGGAGAUUAGUGCCAAGGUGCUGGGCGAUCAGGGGGUGAGACAAUUUAAGGUGGUGUUUGAGUCGGCGCAGAAGGUGUUGCGGGAGAAGUUUGGGAUGCAGAUGGUGGAGUUGCCGGGGAGGGAGAGAGUUACGAUUCAUGAUCGGCGGGGUGCGUUUUUUCUCCUCUAUCUCAAGGCGGCCCAAAAAGUCGAAAAAUCCUCCUCGACAAACAAAUCCUGGAUCGUGGGUAGUACGUUACCGGCCGCGUAUCGACGUCCUGAGAUUCUGCCGCCGACGAAAGCCCCCUGGGAGAGUACCUAUACCGGGUUAUACUCGUUUAUCAUCGCCGUGAUCAUGCUCAAUGGGGGGUCCUUACCGGAGCAGAAGCUGGAUCGGUAUCUGGCGCGGACGAACGCCGAUACGUAUACGCCGAUUGAUCGGACGGAUCGGUUACUGCAGCGGCUGUGUAAAGAGGGGUAUCUGGUUCGAACGCGAGAGAUGGAUGGCGGCGAGGAGCUGGUUGAGUAUAUGGUGGGACCGAGGGGGAAGAUGGAGGUUGGGACUGCGGGCGUGGCGGGGCUGGUGAGGGAGGUUUAUGGGGUUGGGAAUACGGAGGAGCAGAGGGAGGAUUUUGAGGCGAGGUUGGCCAGGAGUUUGGGGAUUAAGUUGCCUGAACCGCGGGAGGAAGAGGAGGAGCAGAAUGGGGAUGUUGAGGGGGAGGAGACGCAGAGGAGACAGUCGCAGAGACGGGGGAGAACGGAGGAGGAGGAAGAGAGUGAGGCAAUCGUACAGAUAUUGGAUAUGACAUUUUCCAAUGAGUAUUUAUAUGAAGGCGAUCCCGGCAAUGAACAUCUUGAAUACCAGAGCAAGGCCAGCGCAACCGAGAGAACUGAGCACCACUCAACCAUCCCUACCCAAGCCACAAGUAUCUACCCAACGAGCCCAGAGUCCAACUGCCUCUAG